UCUUCACCACCUUCUUCAUCCUUGUUUUCCCUCACCUUCCAUUCAUAUCCCAGCUUGAGUUCCUCUUCUUCUUCUUCUCCUUCUUCAGAGGAGAAGAAAAAAAUCUCAUCUUUGUCUUUGUUCUAUGCCUAAAAUUGGAGUCUUUUCACCAUUUGUGUCCUUGUUGUUCUGCUUCAACUUCCGUUGAUUUCCCAAGGUGAGUUCUUGUGCUUUUUAUAGAGAGAAAAAAAUCUCAUUUUUGUCUUUGUUCCAUGCCUCAAAUGGAGUCUUUUUCAUCCACUGAGUGAGUCCUUGUUGUGUUUCAACUUCUAUUGAUAUCCCAAGUUGACUUCUUGUUCUUCAAAUAGAGAAGGAAAAGGUCUCAUCUUUUAGUUUGUUCUUACUAUUUGAACACUUGUUGUUAUCGUCCAUCUUUCGUUUCGUUCUAAGCUUCAAAUGGAGUGUUUUUAUGUGAAGUGGAACAAGCUUUGAAGCACAGCAUGGGUUGUGGAAUCAGUGUUUGCUUUGUAUUCUUCUUGCUUUUUUCCUUCAAUUGCUUGGCUUCUCAGCAGCAGCAGCAGCAGCAGAAGCCAAACACUGAUGGAUUCUAUGUCUCUGAUUUCCUGGAAAAAAUGGGUGUCAUGGUGUCUAUUUUCACCCAAGCUUCAUCUUCUUCUGUUUGUUCAUGGAAAGGUGUUGUUUGUGAUGCCAAACAAGAGAGAAUCACUCAAUUUGUGGCUUCUGGAAUUGGCCUUUCAGGUUCUAUGCCUGAGAACACCAUUGGCAAGCUCACUAAGCUCCAAAUAUUGGAUCUUAGCAACAAUGGCAUCACAAGCUUGUCUUCUGACUUUUGGGGCAUUGGGAGUUCUCUCAUAAAGCUCAACUUCUCUUCAAACAGGAUCAAUGGCUCCCUUCCUAACAACAUUGCCAACUUUGGCAUGUUGGAAAGCUUAGACCUUUCCUACAAUGCCUUCUCUGGUGAGCUUCCGACCUCUCUUGGAUCUCUUUCGAGCUUGCAAAUUGUCAAUCUGAGUGGAAAUAUAUUCCAUGGGAGUUUUCCUGCUGAAUUUCUUGGCUGUAAGUCUCUGGUUACUAUCAAUCUCUCAUUGAAUUCAAUCAAUGGCACAGUUCCUGAUGAAUUUGGCAAUGCAUUCAAGAAACUCCAAAGAUUGGAUCUUUCUGGGAAUGAGAUUCAUGGCAGAAUACCCAAUUUUUCAGGGCUCCAGUCACUGUUAUAUCUGAAUCUUUCAAACAAUUUGUUUCAAGGUUCAGUCCGCGGAGUUUUUCAGCAAUCUUUGCAGUUUAUAGACCUCAGUAAUAACCAGCUUCAAGGCCACAUUUCUGAGGUAAAUUAUAAUCCUAUGAAUUCUUCCAGCUUCAUUUCAUCGUCAUUGAUUCAUCUUGAUUUGUCUCGAAACCAACUGAGUGGUGAGUUUUUCAAAGAUUUAGGGCAAGCGCAAGCUUUGAAAUAUCUGAAUCUUGCAUUCAAUAGAUUUUCUCAUCAGAGUUUUCCGUCAAUCGGAAACCUCUCUAGUCUCGAGUAUCUAAACUUGUCGAGAACUAGUCUCAUUGGUCGAAUUCCGGCUGAUGUAUCCAAAUUGUAUACAUUGAAGACAUUAGACCUUUCACAGAAUCAUUUAGUUGGUCGAAUCCCCGAUUUAAGGUCUAGAAACUUGAAUGUUUUGGAUGUGUCCAUGAACAAUCUCACUGGUGAAAUUCCAAUGCCAUUGCUACAAAACUUAGUCCAGAUGUUGUACUUCAAUUUCUCAUACAACAACCUCACUCUCUGUGAUGUAAAAUUUUCUCAUCAAGUGCUCAACACUGCAUUCAUUGGAUCACAAAACAAUUGUCCGAUCGCAGCCAACCCAGAUAUUAUCAGAAGAAAGCAAGUGAAUCAUAAGGGUCUGAAACUGGUCUUAGUUGUGUCUCUAUCGGCUUUCUUCUUACUGGUUGGAUUGGUGUGCCUUGCAUUUGCUUGUCGAAGACGAACCAGAUCAUGGGCAGCCAAGCAACUCUCGUACCAUGAGGACCAGAAUAUUUCGGGGCCAUUUUCUUUUCAGGCAGAUUCAACAACUUGGGUUGCCGAUGUCAAACAAGCAACAUCAGUGCCUGUUGUUAUAUUUGAGAAGCCACUGUUGAACUUCACAUUUGCAGACCUCUUGGCCGCAACGUCACAUUUUGAUCGGGGGACAUUGUUAGCUGAAGGGAGGUUUGGGCCAGUAUACAGAGGAUUUCUGCCUGGAGGAAUUCAUGUUGCCGUGAAGAUUUUAGUUCAUGGAUCAGUGUUAACAGAACAAGAAGCUGCAACCGAGCUUGAGAAGCUUGGCAGGAUCAAACACGCGAAUCUCGUACCUUUGACUGGUUACUGCUUGGCCGGGGAUCAAAGAAUCGCGAUAUAUGAGUAUAUGGAGAAUGGCAACCUGCAGCAUUUGCUUCAUGACUUACCCUUAGGAGUGGGAGCUGCCGAGGAGUGGAAUGCAGAUACAUGGGAGGAUGAUAAUGAUGGUGUUCGGAGCUUCACGAAUGAAGGACUAACGACGUGGAGGUUCAGACAUAAGAUUGCAUUAGGCACGGCACGAGCAUUGGCUUUUCUUCAUCACGGAUGCUUCCCUCAAGUAAUUCACAAAGACGUGAAGGCUAGCAGUAUUUAUCUCGACUCGGCAUUGGAACCAAGAUUAUCUGAUUUCGGUUUGGCAAAGGUUGUUGGUAGCAGCUUGGAGGAAGAGCUCGCUCAUGGGUCUCCGGGGUAUACUCCGCCGGAGUUCACUAAUUCAGAUACUUGUUCUGCAACUUCAAAGUCUGAUGUAUAUGGAUUCGGUGUUGUUUUGCUUGAGCUAAUGACUGGAAAGAAGCCUCUAGGCGAUGAGUAUCCAGACGAGAAGGAAAGCAGUUUGGUGGCAUGGGCAAGAGCAUUAGUGAGAAAGAACCAGGCAAACAAAGCAAUCGACCCGAAGAUCAGGGAUACGGGAUUGGAGAAGCAAAUGGAGGAAGCAUUGAGGAUUGCUUAUCUAUGUACUGCCGACUUACCCUCCAAACGACCAUCGAUGCAGCAAAUUGUAGGACUCCUGAAGGACAUCGAGCCGAGUAUUCCUGAACAUUGAAUUGUAUAUUGUAACAGUGACAACUACUUGAAUCUGAAACUCUCUUGUUCACUUGUGUUUCUGCAGAUUCUCUAUUGUGUCACUGUAAUCUAAAAUGCAGUAAUUGUUUUUAAUGGUAUCACUAAGUUUUUGCAGUA